AUGUCACAAGAGGUCGAGUUCUUGUACUCUCGGCACGAGCGCGUUUUCAUGCUACUCCUAUUCAUACAGUUUGUUUUGGAGUCCCUCUACGCAGCUGUAUUCGUCGUGCGGAUGCGCCCGUCAAUGUUCGAGUUGGAAGCCAUGUACAACUGGGAGAUCUCGCCGAAGACCGCAGAGGCCAUCCUUUGGACGACCUUGGUGAUCCAGGUCCUUUUCGGCAUCGUUUACUACUGCAUGGCAGCCUUGGCCAUUUGCACGAAGAGGCCUAAGCACUUUCAAAUGUUCGCCAAGACCUGCCUCUGUGGGGUGGUUGGCUUGGUUCUUCUCGCCUAUGCAGACAAGUUCAACCUCCCGAUCUUCUUUCUGAGACUCCUUGCAUACAUCUAUGCCAGGUUUCUCCAGGGCCUCACUGCCAGCAUCUUGCUGCUGCCGCCAGCGAACAACGCCAACCGGAACGGCUGA